GAGAUCGGCCCCGAGAGGACAAGAACUAACGAGAUUGGCCCAGAAGGACAGGAACUAACAAGAUCGACCCAGGAGGUCAGCAACUUGAUUGCAUCACUUUAUAGUGGUGCAUCACUUGACAAAAUUACGAGAUCAUCACGAGAGGACAGGAACUUACAAGAUUGGCCCAGUAGAACAGGAACUGAUGAGAUUGGCCCGAUAGGACAGGAUCAAACUAACGAGAACGUCCCGGGGGGACAGGAACUAACGAGAGCGACCCGGGAGGACAAAACUGACACAUUGUUGAAGAAACUGAAGUGUUUACAUCAGAUAGAAAUUUGUAUUUAUUUGAUUCAGACAUCAUAAGUUUAAUUUACUAAAGAGGUUUUACAGAAGAGCUUUAAACCAAAGACAGGAUGAGCAGUUUCAGACAAAAGCUUUUGAGAAGGAAAUUUGUGGAUUUGUCAUCUGUAACAAACACCAAGCUAGCCCGAUGUCUCACCACGUUCGACUUGACCGCUUUAGGUAUUGGCAGUACUCUGGGAGCUGGUAUCUACGUGGUUGCCGGCCAGGUUGCUAAGGAGAAGGCAGGACCAGCUGUCACCAUUUCCUUUCUAAUUGCAGCCCUGGCAUCAGUUCUGGCAGGUUUGUGCUAUGCAGAGUUUGGUGCACGUGUACCAAAGACCGGUUCGGCGUAUGUGUACAGCUAUGUGACUGUGGGAGAGUUCCUGGCAUUCGUCAUUGGCUGGAACCUCAUUUUGGAGUAUGUCAUAGGUACAGCCAGUGUAGCAAGGGCCUGGAGCUCCUACUUCGACUCACUCAUCAACAAAGUCAUCCAGACGUUUUUCAAGGAACACAUGCCGAUGAAUAUUCCCGGCUUUUCCUCCUAUCCAGACUUCUUCGCUCUAGGAAUCACUUUACUGUUAGCUGUGGUUUUAGCCGUAGGCGUGAAGGAGUCAUCAACUUUUAAUAACAUUUUCACGGGCGUGAAUUUGCUGGUGGUGACCUACGUGAUCAUUUGUGGGAUGUUCAAGGUCGAUGUACACAACUGGCAGCUUAAGCCCUCAGAGAUUCCUGGAAAUGCUACAGUGUCUGGAAGUGGAGGAUUUAUGCCGUUCGGUUUUUCGGGGAUGAUGUCUGGGGCAGCCACCUGUUUUUAUGCUUUUGUUGGGUUCGACUGUAUAGCUACAACAGGGGAGGAGGUAAAGAACCCGCAGAAAGCUAUCCCUAUUAGUAUUGUCGUGUCCCUGAUAGCCAUCUUUUUUGCCUACUUUGGAAUAUCGGCUGUUAUGACUCUGAUGUGUCCGUAUUACCUACUGGAUGAGGAUGCGCCUCUCCCAGAUGUGUUUGACCGCGUUGGUUGGGGCGUGGCUAGAUACAUCAUAGCGGUCGGGGCAAUUUGUGGUCUCUCUACUAGUUUACUCGGAGCCAUGUUUCCGCUGCCCAGAGUUAUCUAUGCCAUGGCCAGUGAUGGCAUUUUGUUCCGGUCUCUAGCAAACAUUAGUGACCGCUUCAAAACACCAUUGAUGGCCACUGCGAUAUCUGGAGUGUUUGCAGGUGUGAUGGCCAUGAUGUUUGACCUGUCGGAGCUGGUGGACAUGAUGUCUAUAGGAACCCUCCUAGCCUACACUUUAGUGGGAGUUUGUGUGUUACUGCUGAGAUAUCGUGUGAAAGUUAUGAAAACUUCAACUGAUGCAGACGACAGUGACAGCAUCAAUCAAGGUAGCAGUGACGAUAGUGAUGUUAUGACUCGCAGAAAAAGCCCCGUCAAUGAGUCCGACCCUUUAGUAGGAGAUGCCAGCUACAAAGACUGGCUCAAAGCAAUGAUGAAGUGCGACGAAUCUGAGCCUACAGUAUUCACAGAAAAAAUAGCCCAAUUCAAUAUUAUUUGUAUAUGUAUGAUUAUAAUAGUUCUCAGUCUUGUGCUAAUCUUUGCGGAGGAAAACCUUGCCAACGUAGAGUGGUGGGCUAUUACACUUGUUACACUGUUGGUCCUCGCCAUCCUCAUCCUCCUCUACUCAAUCCGUGUUCAACCAGAAAAUACUCAAAAAGUCAGCUUCAAGGUGCCGCUGCUGCCCAUGUUACCAGUGUUGAGUGUGUUUGUCAAUAUCUACCUAAUGCUAAAGCUCUCUAGCGCUACCUGGAUCCGGUUUGGAGUUUGGAUGUUUAUAGGGUUUGUCAUGUAUUUUGGCUACGGAAUCUGGAACAGCAGCGAAGGAGAUCGCUAUAAAGAACUGCAGACAUUCAAAACGAAAAAAGGCAAUGCACCAAAGGAGACAACGAAUUUAAUUUAAACCAGUAGAUAAUGUAAAAACAUAUGUAUAUAUAAAACAUACAAGUGUUUUUGGACAAAGCAUGAUUUGUCACAGGGUGGAUAAACUGACAUUAUACAAAUAAGCCAAUAGCGGUGUUAGGUUUGAUAUCGCAGGAACUCUCAUUAUAACACGAUGUCUACUAACUUUGUAUAACGUGUUCAGAGUAAUGUAAUAUGUACUAGGGACUUGUUGUAAUAUAGACUAGGGACUUGUUGUAAUAUGUACUAGGGACUUGUUGUAAUAUAGACUAGUGACGUGUUGUAAUAUAGACUAGGGGCUUGUUGUAAUAUGAACUAGUGACGUGUUGUAAUAUAGACUAGGGACUUGUUGUAAUAUGUACUAGUGACUUGUUGUAAUAUGUACUAGGAACUUGUUGUAAUAUGUACUAGGGACUUUUUGUAAUAUGUACUAGGGACCUGUUGUUAUAUGUACUAGGGGACUUUUGUAAUAUCUGAUAAUGAUGAAGAUAUGUAUAUCUAGUAUAUACAAACAUGCAUGGGUGUUUUAUGAUGGAAUGUGUUAUCCCGGUGAGAAAAUCGUUGUUCAAAGUAAUAUCAGCUUAUAAUAUUUAUUUUAAUUUAAGCUAUGGGAUAUUGUUCUCGUGGAGAUGGAACUUGGUUAGUUAUUUCCCCCAUGUCAUAGAACCCUUCCAAUACGAUUUUAAAAUGAAUCAGAAAAUAUGAGCCUAGUCAAAUUCCACUGAGCUAAACGAUAAUAUGUUUUUUAUUUGGUUAUGAAAGAAAAGUUUCUAAAUGUACAGUGUGUGUAAUGGUCCAUGCCAACACUAGCUGGUUCUACCUACAUCAACUGUGAUUACGUUCCAUCUCAAUAUCUGCUAGUAUUAUAACGGAGUUAUACAAUCAGUGUCUAUGUACGUCCGUAGUUUUGUUACGUAGAUAUAUUUGACAUUUUUUACUUGCCAUCAUUUAUAUUCAUGAUUAUUACGUCUCUUAUAUAUAUACCAAUAUUAUAAAAGCAGCUAAAUGAUCCUUACAGACGAAAAAAUAAUAAUAAUAUUAAAAUAUCAACAUCGAGUCUUUAGUACUUUCAUCUCGCAAAGGUGACUCUCCAGACUGUUGUUUAUAUAUAUAUAUAUGUACGAACUGAAACAGUUCACAGAUAUGAUAUUUUCACAGCAAUUUGAAAAUAAGUAAACUUAGAUUUCAGAAAUAAACAUGCAGAUGAUAUAUUACUACUUGCAUUUUUCUAAACUUCAACUUCAUAAUACCUACGAUGGAGUCGGGGAUUUAUCUAACCAUAAAAUUGCCAUAAUUGUUAUCUCGGGACCCAAUGGUUUUUAUACCCAGCAAACCUCAGCAGAACGAGAUGCAAUAACUUAAUAGCAAUAACUUGGUAUUUAUCUGUUAUUCCUUUACCUGCAACUUUCUUUUUUUCUUUCUUCAAAUUAAAAUCCGAACAGAAAAAAAAGCAGUUUUAGAGUUAUUCACCAAAACAAAUGUAUCACAGAUUCCAUCACUUUUCUUCAUACAAUAUAAUUCGUAAUUAUGCGAAGUUAUAAUUAUACAAUCUGCGCUGUAAUUGUUCACUGAAAUGUGAAGUAUACGUUUAUACAACAAUAAACUGACCAAC